AUGCAGAUCUCCACGUUCAUUAACUUUCUUUUCCUUGCUGGUACAGCUCAAGCUGCUGCUUUCCAGAAACUCCGUCGAGCGGACAUUGGCGGAGCAGUCAACGUCCAGGCGGGAGCUGGCUUCAACAUCGGCAACCUACCCGACUUGGGCUACCCCUUUGGCCAAGGGGCACCUAGAAAACCCAACCUAGGCCAAACUCCAGAAGACCAAGCAGCUCUACAGCGCCGCCCAUCUGAUGCAAUCACUGAAGUUAAGCCAGCGCAGGGUAGAGUGCAGAAUGCCGUGUCAUCUGUCUCGCCUACUACAACAUCUGCUUCGCCUGCUGCAACAUCUGCUGUCCCUGCUGCCGACUAUAUAGCAGCAGCCCUCAAUCACCACAAUAUCCACAGAAGAAACCAUUCAGCACCUGACGUGACUUGGAGCGCCGACCUCGCAAAAUCCGCAAAAACGAUGGCCAACUCUUGCAAAUUUGCACACAACCUGUUUGUCCCUCCCCAAUCGUCCUCUUCAUCACCCAACUAACAUACUCCCAGUACACCAGGCGGAGGCGGCUAUGGCCAAAAUCUCGCCGCCUACGGAUCCACCAAUACCAACAUCCGAGUCCAGAAUCCCACCAUCUACUUAGCAAGAGGGAUCACAAACCAAUGGUACAACAGCGAGUUCAGCGCCUUCCGACCCUCUUACUACGGACUCGCAACGCCUUCUCUGACGAACUUUGCUGCUUGGGGACACUUCUUACAAGUUGUGUGGAAGGGGAGUACGCAGGUGGGAUGUGCUACUAGUUUCUGUGGACCGAAUACUGUGUUUACUGGGAAUUAUGUUUGUGAGUACUUUCUCUUUUUUUCAUUUUAUCCACGCAUAUUCAGAUGAGCGAAUGGAAAUGUGUUUGAGAAGAUGGUGGAGUUUGAGGCUAAUGGAAAUAGCUUGGUUCACCGUGUGCAACUACAAGGCCCAGGGCAAUUUCGAGGGCGAAUACGGUCUUAAUAUCGGCUCGCCACUUGGAAGACCAGGUCUCACAGCACCAUAAUUUAUAGACUUCAGGCGGUCGAGUCGAUGAGUUGCAAUUUCUCCAUUUAUAUCCGGCUUUCGCAUCGGAGUUUUGUUUUAGUUUGCUCCAAAGGGGAAAAGAAGGGGUUUUGGUAAAGUGAGAAAGGUCGUUGUAACAUUUGUGUCUGAAAUUUAUCUAUGGGCGUUCUUUGGAUGAAAGGUUGGGAAUUGGCAGGGAUAGGCUAGGCAAAUUGGACUUUGGCGCUUCAGAUUGGGUUGUAGGGUAUUUCAAAACUGUCUUGUUUGGGGUUUCAAUGCUACGGUAAGUAAAUGUUGGUUUAGGCGAGGAGAAAAUAGAAGUUCUUUCUCAUA